UAUUCUCAUUUUUUUAAAAAGAUGUCUUUUCUUCGUGAACUUGGUAAAACUGGUGUGAAAAUCCCUGCAAUCGGUUUAGGAUGCAUGGGCAUGAGUGAAUUUUACGGCUCAGCUGAUGAAGAGGAGAAUAUUAAAGUAUUGAAUCGAUCAAUUGAUAUGGGAUGUACCUUAUGGGAUACUGCUGAUUUAUAUGGAUCUGGAGCCAACGAAAUCCUUCUUUCAAAAGUUCUUAAAGAACGCCGUAAUGAAGUUUUUCUUUGUACAAAGUUUGCAUUCUCUCGAGGACCAAAUGGUGAAUUUAAUGUAUCAGGUAAACCUGAAUACGUUCGUCAAGCUUGCGAAAACUCUUUAAAGAGAUUAGGGGUAGACUAUAUCGAUCUUUAUUAUCAACAUCGUGUGGAUCCUAAUACACCUAUUGAAGAUACUGUCAGUGCUUUAGCAGAACUUGUUAAAGAAGGAAAAAUUAAAUAUAUUGGUCUUUCUGAAUGUUCUGCAAAAACUCUUCGACGUGCUUAUAAAGUUCAUCCUAUUGCCGCAGUUCAAAUGGAAUAUAGUCCUUGGACUCUUGAUAUUGAAAAAAGUGGAAUGUUAGAAGCUUGUCGUGAAUUAGGUGUUACUAUAGUAGCUUAUAGUCCACUAGGGCGCGGCUUUCUAACAGGAAAAUUUAAAUCUAUUGAUGAUUUUGAACCAAAUGAUUAUAGAAGAACAGUUCCACGUUUUCAAGGUGAAAAUUUCAAUAAAAAUUUGGAACUUGUUAAAAAAUUCAAUGAAUUUGCGAUUAAGAAAGGUGUAACUGCGGGCCAACUUUGUUUAUCUUGGGUUUUAGCUCAGGGUGACGAGUUUGUUACUAUUCCUGGUACCAAAAGAGUUAAAUAUUUAGAAGAAAAUUUUGAAGCAGGAAAAAUUCAACUUAGCCCUGAAGAAAUAUCAGAAGUUAGAAAAAUUAUUGAUUCUAUUGAAAUCGUUGGUAAUAGAAGUAAUGACCGAAUUUUGAAGUAUUUGGAUAAGGAUGUUUAAAAAAAUGUCAUUCUAAUUAUGAAUGAUUAUAUUAAAUAAAUUUUCAUGUUCACCUUAAUAAAUAAAUCGUUAUGAUCAUCGUUAUGUGAUAAAUUUUAUAAAUAAAAAAGAUUUUAUGAUUAUUUUAUGUUAUGGAAAAUUAUUCUCACUUUCCUGAUUCAUGAAAUGAAUGCAAAUGAUACUCGCAAAUUCCAAACUCGAAACUAUAUUGCAUGAUUGUAUUUAAUUAUUCCUUAAAUGAGGAAAUG